AUGGGCCGUCUCCUGAUCCUCCACCACCACCGGUAUCUCCUGCUGAUCGUGGCUCUGGCCUGUCAGUGUCCUGCAGGCAGCGGGCUGUUUGAGUGGCUGAGGCGGACGGAGGCUCCUCCACCUGCAGCAGCGGCUCCACCUGCAGCAGCAGCUCCGGCACUUCUUGCAAAGGAUGCUCAGUUUGAAAUGGCCACUGUGGAUGAGAAGUUCUUGGCUGAGGCAAAACAGAUGGAGCUCAGUCCUCUGGACAGCUGUCACUACAGGGUGGUUGCCCGGCUGAGGGCGAGCUGUGAAAGCCUCUCAGAGGAGCAGCUCGCAAAGCUUGGAGUGGUUCUGUUUAACUGCCAGGCAGAGAUCGAGGGCCGCAGCACCUACGCAUGUACAGACGAAAUGUCUAUAAAAGAGUGCACAGCAGACAUGGACUCAGACACGUGGAACGCGUACCACAUAGUGAGCAACCGAGCUCGCUCUGUUUGCUACGCGACCCGGCAGCAGCUCUUCCGGCGCAGAGCAGAGCACACGGUCAACGCUCUCAUCUCCACAGCCACCAGCCAGCUGGAUGCAAUGAAGGACCUGAAGGAAGGGCAGCUGGAGUUGAGGGAGCUGACUGCAGCCUCCUUGGACAAGCUGCUGGAGGGACACAGCGCCCUGCAGGCCCAGCAGGGUAAACUGUACGAAGGCCAGGAGCAUAUGGAGAGCUCGCUGAAGGACAACCUGGAGCGUCUGGGUCAGGAGAAGGCUCUCAUCGCCUCUGGACAGGAGCUGGUAGCUCAGCUCAUUCAGGGCAUUACGAAGAAAAUGGAGAAUGUGAGUGAGCAUCUGCAGGUCCAAGGCUCAGAGGUGCAGGACAGCCACAAGGCGAUCGUCAAGGACCUCGCAGAUGUCCGACACCAAGCUCAGGACAUCUACCAAAAAAUUGACCACAGUAUGUUGGAGUUUCUGCAGUACCAGGACCAGACCUCUCAGUACUACAGCGACCUGAUGAACAAACUGGAGCGCAUGAACAGCACGCUGGGAGUCAUGCUGCACUACAUCGAUAACAUGCAGAGUCGGAUAGAGGAAAGGCUUCACAUGAUCCAGGGCUACCUUGGCUGGGCAGGUUUGAGUCUGACAGCCAUGUGGACGUGUAUUGCACACACGGGUUACUUCGUAUUCUGUGCCGUCCUGCUGACGUUCCUGCGCUGUCCAGGCUUCUCUCGAGCGAUGCUGCUGCUCACCGUGCCUCUUAACGCAGUGGCCGAGGUCAACCAGCAGCCAGCGCUGGAUCUCACCGGCCUCAGCCUGCUGCUGCUCACUCUGUCACUGGGUCACUGGUUUGUGAAUCGGUUGCGGGCCUGUUUCCACAUCAGAGGAGAGAAGCCAGCGGUCCCACUGCCGCUGACGCCAUGUGAGAUUGUGGAGCCGCUGAAGCAGCCGGUUUCAUCCUGCAACUCAUAUCCACCGUCCUCUACACCACAGAAAGAAGAAAAGGACGAGCAAGAUGACCUGCUGAGCCAGGACAGCUUCAUAUCAGGAAACCUCGGCAUAUCAGCAGUGUCCCCCCCUCACAGGAAGCUGCUGUUGGAGUCCAGGUUUAUGCCAAUAAGUGGAACACCCAAUCACUCCAGUCACUCCACUCCAAGGCCAGUUCAUUCAGCGGCUCUGAUUGAUGAUAUACCCCUGAGGAACCUGGGAGGUGUUUUUGAUGCAGCGAAUGACUCGCGUGAUUUCGUGAACGACUCGAGAAGCGCAAGUCCCACCCCAUCUCUAGUGAGCAACAGCUCUCUGUCAGGCCGUCAGCUGUGCAAUGGAAUCACCAAAACAGGGAAGGCCUGUAAGAAGAGAGCCGUACUGGGACAGGAGUACUGCAGAGUCCACGAAGCGGGACUCGCCUCCUAUGUUCACUCCUGAAAAUCCCCAUCCUCCCUGCUCACUUGAUUUACUAUGUUUAUUUGGUAGAGGGAUUUCUCCGCAAAAAACGGUCAAAGUGUUACUGUGUCUUUGUAGUUAACUUUGCUUGAAGAUUUAAGUUUGCUUGAGAUGCUUUGCUGACAGAUUUUUUUAAUGUACUUUUUUAUUGUCAUGUUUUUAAAUGUUUAAGUUAAUAAAUUAUUUCUUUACCCAUGAA